AAAAUCCACUCAAAAACUCCAGCAAGAACCAGAACCAGAUUCUAUGUUAAACCCAAAUCAAAUCCUCAUAUUAUCUUCAGAUGUUAACUUCAAUCAACAAUCCAUCUCAAUCCCUUUGACAUAGCAUGCAAAUUCAAUCUCUCACCUCACCUUCUUCAUUCCCCACUCCUUUUUUCCACUCAACAACCACUCUUUUCCCUCCAAGACCACACUGUCACUCCCCAAGUAACCUUGUUUUCAGACAAAGAAUGGCUUCUGGUUCCGGGUUUAGGGUAGUUCGAUCAGAAAAGGUUAAUUCCUUGACCGUUUUGGACGAUGAUGAAAAUGGGUUUCCUACUUUAAUGGAUUAUGCGGGUAAGGGAGGACUCAACGUGGGCGAUGAUCUGGUGGUCUUGUUGUAUCAUAUUCAGUAUGCUUGCAAGAGAAUUGCUUCUCUUGUGGCUUCUCCUUUUAACUCAAGUCUUGGUAAACAAGUUGCUGGUGGGAACAUUGGCUCUGAUAGGGAUGCACCUAAGCCCCUUGAUAUUGUUUCAAAUGAAAUCAUUUUGUCAUCUCUUCGCCAUUCUGGAAAAGUUGCAGUCAUGGCUUCAGAAGAAGAUGAUUCUCCAAUUUGGAUAAAUGCUGAUGGCCCAUUUGUGGUGGUUACAGAUCCUCUUGAUGGUUCCCGCAACAUAGAUGCCUCUAUACCUACUGGAACUAUAUUUGGGAUUUAUAGGCGUCUUGUGGAACUAGAUCAUUUACCUGAGGAGGAGAAGGCUCAACUGAAUUCACUGCAGAGUGGAAGUAGGCUUAUUACUGCUGGAUAUGUUCUCUAUUCAUCAGCCACGGUCUUCUGUGUUAGCUUUGGUUCAGGAACACAUGCUUUUACUCUAGAUCACUCAACAGGAGAUUUCAUUCUUACACAUCCAAACAUGAAGAUACCUUCUCGAGGGCAAAUCUAUUCUGUAAAUGAUGCACGGUACUUCGACUGGCCUGAGGGUCUAAGGAAAUAUAUUGAUAGUGUGAGACAAGGAAAAGGCAAAUACCCUAAGAAAUAUUCAGCACGUUAUGUAUGUUCUUUGGUUGCUGAUUUCCACCGAACUCUGUUGUAUGGUGGAGUAGCAAUGAAUCCAAGAGACCAUCUCCGUCUAGUGUAUGAAGCAAAUCCACUUAGUUUCCUGGUGGAGCAAGCUGGUGGAAAAGGUUCUGAUGGUAAAAGUCGGAUUCUAUCAAUUCAGCCCGUCAAGCUUCACCAAAGACUGCCUCUAUUUCUGGGGAGUUCAGAGGAUAUUGAAGAGUUAGAAAGUUAUGGAGAUGUUCAACAAAAAGUAAAUCCAGGUUAUGAAGUUUGAUGCUAAUUGAUACCCAAGAGUUGCGGUAAAAGUUCUCCUUCUAUGUUCAAUUCAUUGCUUACUUCUCACCUGUGUUUGUAGAAAAUCAUUCCAAGUUGUCCAAUUUCUUGUACAAAUCCAACUUGUUCCUGUCUCUGUUACAAAGCGUGAAAUGGUAUUUCGAAUCCGAGAUGCAGAAUAAAGAGUAUUUCUACCUUAACCUUCUCUUAAUUCCGUUUUACAUGUAAAGGAUGUUCCUAUGUACAAUGAAACACCCAAAGCUUCAA